AUGACACUGUUAGAUGCACAUCUAGAGCAAAUCUCGCUAUGCGCCGCGUCAAUCGCAGAGUUGCCGUUCGCCCCGCCCAAGAUCUUUACCAACGCCUUGCUCCAAAACCACGAUAUCACGAGCUUGAUCAGAGACACUGAAAUCCACGAACGCGCUCUAUUCUCCGUCCCUCCGCCACCCGCAGCCCCUAAGCACGCCGAACCAGCUCCAUCUACCAAUAGGCGCAACACCAUCUUCAAUCCCAAUGGAGGUGGCGGCACAAGCACAUCUGGAGGCGGUGCAAAUGCUGUAAGAGCACCCAGGCGGAACACGGCUGUGGCUGCGGUGCUUGGCAAUGAGCUGGUGGAGAGGAUUCGACGAGGCGGCGGAGGAGGAGCAGGCUCAGGCCUAGGCUACAGAAUGUACAAUGGCAGCAACAAGAACGAAGUUGACGUUGAGUCCCUGCUGGAAGGUGCCGAGAAAUUGCUCCGGGUCUACCCUAUACCAGGAAUCCACGACAGAAUCGCAGCCAUGCGCCAACGGCAUGCACAAGUCGCAGCUUCGGUAGAGUACUACGAAGCACGCCUCGCCGAACAACAAGCUCAGCUUGGCAAGCUGAGCCGGUCACGAGGAGAUUAUAUGGAUGAGGAUGUUGACGAGGUCGAAGAGGAGCUGGAGCCUGUUGCGGCGCCAAUGACGGAAGAAGAUCUAAGACGGGAAGAAGAGGAGACGCGUCAACUUGAGAGAAAGAAGAAGGAACUUGAAGAUCGUGUUACCUCCAUGUCGAGAGACAUAUCUGGUCUGCGAUGAUAGCCCACAAGGGUUGUGACUGUGGUUUGAACUUAAGGCUAGGAGUUACAAUAAGAUACCCCAUGUUUUUGCCUCAAAGAUUGGUACUUUCCGCCGUGUGGCCUUGAAGCUAUAGCUUCAGAAGGAUAUUUAAUUCGAAGUAUUGACACAUAGUUGUUUGAUCAAAGCCUUCUCAGAGGCGUAGGGUAAUAAAAAGAUGUCGUAAUGUAAGUUCACAUAGCAGCAGACACCGAAG